AGGAAGAGGGGGAAUGGAGGUGACGGUGGUGGAGAGGAGUGGAGAGGGAGUGUGGUGGUGAUGGAUGAAAAAUGGAGUUUGAAACCGGAAUUCCGAUGUCCCGUGGCGGUGGUGGUGUGACAGAGGGGCCGUCACUGUCGCCGUCGUUGAACCAAGAUGCUAUGUGGCAAAUGAACUUGAGAACAAAUGAAGCAAUGGAAUCUGGAUCCUAUCCUGAGCGUCCCGGAGAGCCAGAUUGUUCUUACUACAUCAGAACAGGCCUUUGUAGAUUUGGGGCAACAUGUCGAUUUAAUCAUCCUCCUAACCGGAAGCUGGCGAUUGCUACUGCAAGGAUUAAAGGAGAGUUCCCAGAAAGAAUAGGACAACCAGAAUGCCAGUACUACCUGAAGACAGGAACUUGCAAGUUUGGAGCAACAUGCAAGUUUCAUCAUCCUAGAGACAAGGCUGGGAUUGCUGGAAGAGUCUCUUUAAACGUUUUGGGCUAUCCACUUCGCCCGAAUGAGGUUGAGUGUGCUUAUUAUUUAAGAACUGGACAAUGCAAAUUUGGAGGCACUUGUAAAUUCCACCAUCCUCAACCAACCAACAUGAUGGUUUCAUUGCGUGGCUCUCCUGUUUAUCCUACUGUUCAAUCUCCGACCACUCCUGGUCAGCAGUCUUAUCCCGGAGGAAUUACGAACUGGUCUAGAGCAUCUUUUAUUCCUAGCCCACGCUGGCAAGUGCCUUCAAGUUAUGCGCCUUUAAUUUUACCUCAGGGAAUGGUUUCAGUUCCGGGUUGGAAUGCGUACAGUGGUCAGCUGGGGUCAGUUUCUUCUUCUGAGAACCUACAACAAACAGUGGGAAACAGUCAAAUUUAUGGUGCCUCACGCCAGAGUGAACCAGCAACUUCAUCUCCAGGGGCAUUUUCUCCAUAUCGUUCUCGUUCUGUCCCUGUAGGGUUUUAUGCAUUGCAGAGGGAGAAUGUAUUUCCUGAGAGACCUGACCAGCCUGAAUGCCAGUUUUACAUGAAGACCGGGGAUUGUAAGUUUGGUGCAGUUUGUAGAUUCCAUCAUCCAAGAGAAAGACUACUUCCUGUUCCAGACUGUGUAUUGAGCCCCAUAGGCCUUCCAUUACGUCCGGGAGAACCUUUGUGCAUCUUCUAUUCCCGUUAUGGUAUAUGCAAGUUUGGCCCAAGUUGCAAGUUUGACCACCCUAUGGGAAUUUUCACCUACAAUCUCUCUGCAUCAUCUUCAGCUGAUGCCUCUGCUCGGCGCUAUUUGGGCUCACCGACUUUAUCACCGGAAAGGCUUGUUGAAGCAGGCUCAGGAAAGCCCAGGCGACUCUCAUUGUCCGAGCCUAGGCAGAUGUCUUCUGGUGAUGAUGACAUUGAUACAGAGGGAUAAGUGGUGUCUCAAAUGAUGGGGCUGGUUACUUUCGCCUAUUUGGUUGGACAACUAAAUUAAUCUGUAAAUUCGUUUCCUGCUGAUGGGGAUGUACAGAUUUCAUGUCAAGUUCAUUAUGUUCUUCUGAUUCAGUUGACAUCCUUGACUCUGAAUUUCAUGUUGCUGCAUUGUAUAAAAAUCUGAAAUUAUUGUCACAUUUGGUAAAACCUAAUGUGAACAUUUCUUCUUUCCCAAAGCCCAUCUUUUUGUUAUUUAUGAUUUAUUUUUUGUCCAAUAUGUUAUAUAAAGCACCCUUCUGCAAGUUUUUGCCCUCGCUUUGCCUUUCCAGUGAACGCCCACCCAGGCCCCAGCUCUCUCAUAAUGUUGCAUAUGUUUUUGCCUGCUUUUUAUGGAACUACUUACCGUUAUUGUCUUGUCAUCAUCGUCAUCUUCUUGUUGUCAGCUUCUUCUCACUACUUUUGCCGUUGCAGGGUUCUCUUAUUUCCACUUCGGUUCCUGUUGUACAAUUUUUCUUCCUUCACACCCCACAUCGAAAUAAUAACCUUUGUGAGAUCCUCAAAAGUUUGAUUUAUAUUUUUAUGGUUGAUCGCCUUAAUCAUUUUGAUAGACAGGUUUUGUCUUGCACAGGCCUUCGUGGUUAACCUUUUUGUUUGAACAGUAAAUUGGAGGCCAAAGAAUAAAGUGAAAUGACGCUGCUCGUGUUCCCACCAGAAGAACUCUUCGAAGUUCCCCAAAUCUUGCAGAUAGCUCUCCUACAUACUGUGAUCAAAUGUGGCUUGACGUUGCACAGGUAUCAUUCACAGAACUGUCCAGUAAACACAUCAGAUUUUGAUAAAGAUCCUUGAAGAAAUUAUGCAGGUAUCACAAGAACAUGAAAAUGGGAUGCCUAUUUAUAAUUUUAAAGGUCUAGUCAAUGAUUGGGAACUUGGUGGAAUUCUGGCUUAUGCUGUAAGAGGUUUUGUAUUCUUUUGCAGCCAACUUAUUUUCUUUAAUGGGUUUAGAGAUGUUUUUUAUGCCUGGAUUUAUUUUUAUUGGAAUGCAUUGUGAUUCAUGAGCAAAUA